UCGAAAUCGAAAGGGAAACUUGGAAACUUGUUUUUUGAAAACGUCCGCAGAAAUUAAAAAGCGAGUUGCUUACAUUAACUUUUAUCAAUAUCGAUUCGAUUAGGUGCUUUAUCGCGUCCACGUAAGUGAAUUAACACGUUUCGUCAGUGAUUUAAUUACAAAACUGCCACUGUUAAAAACCUACAGUAAGUUUACGAAAGUGUGUAAAACUUUUUGGGAAAAUUUAGUAAAAGGAAAAAUGUAUCGUUUAAUAGUAUUGGCAGCUGUUUUUCAGUUUACGAUAUGCCAGCAAUAUCAGCAAAAAGUAGCGCCUGGAGUUCCCCCACAGAAUUAUCAGCAACAACAAUAUCAACAGCCGCCGCCUCCCCCUCAACAGCAGUACCAACAACCUCCACAACAACAACAGCAGUACCAACAACAGCCACCUCAACAGCCAUUCCAACAACAGCCCCCCCAACAACAGUAUCAGCAACAGGUGCCUGUACAGCAGAUACCAGUGCAGCAAACUCCUCAGGGACAUGGACACCAUGGCAAUGACCCUCAUAUAUUAGAUGCUGCAAACAUAGCACAUGAGAGAGAACACAUUCAAGAGCACAUGGAGGUGCCCAUAGACACCUCAAAGAUGUCGGAGCAAGAACUGCAAUUCCACUACUUCAAAAUGCACGAUGCUGAUAAUAACAACAAGCUCGACGGAUGUGAACUGAUUAAGUCCCUCAUACAUUGGCACGAGCAAGGUCACAAGCAACAACCGCAACCAGGAACCCCACCGCCCGAAGAAAAAAUCUUCAAAGACGACGAACUAACCAACUUAAUUGACCCUAUUCUAAACAUGGAUGACCAUAAUCGGGAUGGAUUUAUAGAUUAUCCUGAAUUUAUUAGGGCGCAACAGAAAAACCAAAAUAAAGAAGGAUAACCCGAUAGACUGAUUGAGAUUAUCCUUCCUACCAUUUUGGUAGGAUUUUCUUUGGUGUGGCAACACUGGAAAUAUGUCUGUAAUGAUUUUAGGGACUGAGUAAAUUACUAUAGCCAAUUUAAAAUUAAAAAAUAUUUUCAUAUAAAUCACUUUCUAUUACAUAUUAAAAUACUCAAUUAAGCUACUAUACAAAAAGUCACCUACUCCUUUUCCUUAUUUAUGUAUACCUACGUAAUAAAAAAAACCCAAAACUUAGUCUAUAAGCUCAGUAUAAGUAAUAAAAAGAAAAAUUUACAGUCUUAGUUUACAGAAAAAGUAUUCAAAAAUUUAAACUGAAUUUAAAAUUCUAUUUAUCAGUCACUAAAUCUUUAAAUAUUGUUUCAUAACCUACCUACUUAUAUUUUUUACCUUCUAAUGUGCCAAUAUUUUUUAUACUCUUAUAUAAAAUAUCAAAAAGAGCCAGUAUAAUGAAAUUAAUGCCUUUAGAAUAUAAUAUUAAAAAAAAUCUAGCAUUUCAAUUUCAUUGUUGCCAUAUAAAAGAAAAAAAAUAAUACCAUUCCAUACUUCGAGUGUAACUUUUUACGUUACUAACACUAGACUUAGCCCUAAUUCGCACGAGUGUUAAAAAAGCGUUGCGUUAAAACCCGGCGUUGCGCUGGAAAUACAACAAUGCGCGU